UGAGAACAUCAGCUGUGUAAAACAAAAGGAAGGGUGAUGUAAUCUGUGAAUCUAGAGUCGAUUUCAGCUAAACAGUCGCAUCAAGAAAUGUGUCUCCGUUUGCAAUUUACCAGGCACUGCUAUCCCCAGGGACAUGAAAAGUACCAUGAUAUGUGAGCAGAGCAUGGACAAGCAUUAUAGGAGUCUCUGUGUGAGAGAGCUUCUUCUGAGAUAACUCUCAAUCUGAAUGAGUUAUAUGAACUGCACAGCAGCUACCCCUGAACCCAGAACUUGCCGGACCACGAUCUGAAACCCAGACACAUCCACUACACAGAAAACUCGAAGAAGAUGUCCCAAUCCAGGGACAACGAGGAACGAGGAGGCAAGGAGAAAGACCGCGGUGCCCGUCCCAAAGUGAGACAGGGGCGUUCAGAGGAAAGGAGGGAGUGCAGCGGACGGAGAAGAGGAAAGAAGAAGUGCCGGCUGCCUCAGGCACAGGCAGUGAAGCAGACUUUUGAAUAUCUAGAAGACUUAAACGCACGGUCGCCUGGGAGCAAAGGAUCGCCCGUUCUGGAGCGGAGAAAAAGGCUCGGGGGGGAAGGUGCCACCACCCUUCAGGAGCUGGAAUCGGACAGUUUAGUGGUGGUGGAGGAGGGUGGAGGAGGUGUCAAGUUGCCCGGCGGGCGAUCCUUGCGGCAGAAGAUUCAGGAUGCCGUGGGGCAAUGCUUCCCCAUCAAGAGCCAAAACUCUCAGUCGCCCACUUUGCCCAUCUCUCGGAGGAAGAUCCACCUCAGCGAACUCAUGCUUGAUAAAUGCCCCUUCCCAUCUGGAUCCGACUUAGCCCAGAAGUGGAACCUCAUCAAGCAGCACACAGCACCCAUUUCACAGCCUGCUUUGCUGGACACUCUGGGCAGCGGUGGUGGAAGUGGAACAGUAGCAGUUAGCGGGUGCGACGCUAGCUCUGGGAGUGCCAGUGGUUGUUCUUUGGUUGUAGUGGAAGACGAGGACGACCGAUUGAGGGCGAGGAGACGCAUCAGUAUUGAACAAGGAGUAGAUCCGCCACCCAAUGCCCAAAUCCACACUUUUGAGGUGACCGCUCAGAUCAACCCCCUUUACAAGCUGGGACCAAAGCUGGCACACGGGAUGAACGAACUGGCAGGGGAUGACCGGGCCACUUUACAGCAGCUACGACUCCGGCAGGAAGAGCAUCAGCUUCUCCAAAAUCCCUUGGACACCUUGGAAGAAGCAGCGCGGGUGGCCUCUUCUAAUACUGCUGCUCCUCCUCCUUCUUCUUCUUCAUCUUCUUCUUCAACUUCUCCUUCUGCAUUGGUAGUCGCUGCAGCUGCCCAACCAACUCUACCUCCAGCCACCCAAGAGGAGCUCUUCAAAUUCCGGGACAGCUACCGGGUCCACACCCAAAUUGAUUACAUCCACUGCCUGGUUCCAGAUCUUCUCCAGAUCACCAACCUGCCCUGUUACUGGGGCGUGAUGGACCGCUACGAGGCUGAAGCCCUUCUAGAAGGCAAACCAGAAGGUUCCUUCCUGCUCCGUGACUCAGCCCAGGAGGACUAUCUUUUCUCGGUCAGCUUCCGUCGUUACGGGCGGUCUCUGCAUGCCCGGAUCGAGCAGUGGAACCACAAUUUCAGCUUUGACGUUCACGACCCCAGCGUCUUCCACGCUACCACUGUCACGGGUCUACUGGAGCACUACAAAGACCCCAACUCCUGCAUGUUCUUCGAACCUCUUCUCUCCAACCCAACCCAUCGAUCCGCUCCUUUUAGUCUUCAGCAAAUCUGUCGUGGAGUAAUUGCCAGCUGUGCCACCUAUGAUGGCAUCGACGUCCUCCCCAUUCCUAGCUCACUCAAGGAGUAUCUUAAAGAAUACCAUUACAAGCAGAAGGUGCGCGUUAGAAGGCUAGAUACACAAUGGGAGAAGGCAUAGUCUUUACUGCUUCUCUUAGCUGUGGUUCACUACAGACUAGAGUUAUGGCCAAAAGUUUUGCAUCACCCAGAAUUUUAGGAUGGAGACAUAAUAAAAAAUACAAACUGU